AUGGAAGGGCGGGAGCCAGCUGCCACCCAGUUAGAAGUAUUUCCUUCUGCUGUUGAGGCAGAGAACAAUACAGCAUUCUGGGAGGACUCUUGGAGGAAAGACCAGGAGAGCAGCAUCCUCCAUUCCGACCUUCAAGGCCAGCGCUUCAGGCAUUUCCGCUAUGAGGAGGCCUUGGGGCCCCGGGAGGUUUGCAGCCGCCUCCACUCUCUCUGCCACCUGUGGCUGAAGCCUGAGCGACACUCCAAGGCGGAGAUGCUGGACCUGGUGCUCCUGGAGCAGUUCCUGGCCGUCCUUCCUGCGGAGAUGGAGCGCUGGGUGAGGGAAUGUGGGGCAGAGACCAGUUCCCAGGCGGUGGCUUUGGCUGAAGGAUUCCUCCUGAGUCAGGAAGAGGAGAGGAAGAGGGAGAAGCCACAGGUGCAGGACUCUUUUGCAGAUGAGACCAGUCAGGUGGAGGAGUCCCUUUCGCGCAUUUGGCUCGUCCAUAUUGGAGGAGGAGAAUAUAUCAUAGCUGGCAGUGAAACAUGGGGAAUUGAUAGUAGCACAACUUUCCAUGAUACUUUCCUAAGAAGCGAUUCUGCGGGACCAGAUCAGGUGACUUUUGAAGAUGUGUCUGUGGAUUUCUCAGAGGAAGAGUGGGCCCUCUUGGAUCCGAGCCAAAAAGCCUUCCACCAGCAAAUCAUGGAGGAGAAUUUGGGGAUUGUGUCAUCUCUGGGCAUGCCAAUAGAGGAGACACCAUUUGAAUAUUUGGAAGAUGAAAUGAAUUUCAAUAGGGAGGAAGUGGUCACCUUUUCUCAAGAAACUCACACAAGCGAUAAACCAUUUAAAUGCUUGCAGUGUGAAAGGACCUUCAGUCACAAGCACGUCCUUAUUGGUCAUCAGGCAACUCACACAGGAGAGAAGCCAUUUACAUGUUUGCAGUGUGAAAAGAGCUUCAGUCACAAGAGAAACCUUAUUAGUCAUCAAGCAACUCACACAGGAGAGAAGCCAUUUAAAUGUUUGCAGUGUGAAAAGAGCUUCAGUCAAAAGGGACACCUUCUUAGUCAUCAGGCAACUCACACAGGAGUAAAGCCAUUUAAAUGUUUGCAGUGCGAAAUGAGCUUCAGUCACAAGCACGUCCUUAUUCGUCAUCAGGUAACUCAUACAGGAGAGAAGCCAUUUAAAUGCUUGCAGUGUGAAAAGUGCUUUAGUCAAAAGGGAAGCCUUGUUAACCAUCAGGCAAUUCACACAGGAGUAAAGCCAUUUAAAUGCUUGCAGUGUGAAAAAAGCUUCAGUCAAAAGAAAAUCCUUAUUAGUCAUCAAGCAACUCACACAGGAGUAAAGCCAUUUCAGUGCUUGCAAUGUGAAAAGAGCUUUAGUCGCAAGCAUGUCCUUAUUCGUCAUCAGGCAACUCACACAGGAGUAAUGCCAUUUAAAUGCUUGCAGUGUGAAAAGAGCUUCAGUGAAGAGAGAAGCCUUAUUAGUCAUCAGUCAACUCACACAGGAGUAAAGCCAUUUCAAUAUUUGCAGUGUGAAAAGAGCUUCAGUCACAACAGAAACCUUAUUCAUCAUCAGUCAACUGACACUGGAGAGAGAGAGUUUAAAUGCCCAGAGUGUGGAAAGAGCUUCAGUCAGAAAUCAGACCUUGUUCAUCAUCAGUCAAUUCACACAGGAGAAAGAGCAUUUAAAUUCUUGUAGUGUGGAAAGAGCUCCAGUCAGAAAUCACACUUUGUUCGUCAUCAGUCAACACACACAGGAGAAAGGCCAUUGAAUCGUUCAGUGUGGAAAGAGCUUCUGCCAGAAAUCAGUCCUUGUUUGUCAUCAGUCAAUUCACACAGGAGAGAGACCAUUUAAAUGUUCAGAAUGUUGAAGGAGCUUCAAUCACAAGAGAAACUUUAUUCAUCAUCAUGUAACUCACACAAGAAAGAAGCCAUUUAAAUGCUCAGAAUGCGGAAGGAGCUUCAGUCGGAAAUCAGACCUUGUUUGUCAUCAAGCAACUCACAGCGGAGAAAACCAGAGUGUGGAAAGAGCUGCCGUUGAAAUACAAGCCUUCUUUUUAAAUUGGGAAGCCACACAGAAGAAAUGGGGAAAAGGCAAGUUCCUUUGUUUUAUGUGAGAGGGGGCAUGGAUCUUUGUCAUAGAAACGUUGAGUUAAAAAGCUGUGGCUUUUGGGGAAAAUAAUAACCUGACCAAUUUUCUUUCAUGAAAUAUCUCAUUAAGCAUAAGUGAUCAUAUUUUGAGAACCAAAAGAAGGAUAUUUCUGUUUUUUUAUCCAUUCAUUGUUACUGCACCUAUUUCCUGUCAUGUAUUUUCAGGGUUAAAUAUCCAUUUAAUUGACAUGUUUGAUGGGAAGUGUGGGAAUGGGUUCGAUUAAUGACUAAUAGCCCUGUGUUUCAUGUAAUUCAUGGCACUGGGUUUUCUUUUAUGAAAUAUCUAAUAAAGUAUAACUGAUAAAUUGAUUUCUAUCAAUUCAUGCAUACUGGUUAUUGUGAAUAUUUUAUUGUCCUAUCUAUAACAUAUAAAUAAUAGAUAAUCUAUUACGUGUGUGUAGUCAAUCUCAAAAAACACAUGGUUUUUCUUAUAAUAUGUAACUGAGAAUUAAUAUAGUUUAAUCUGAAGAAAAGACGUGUUUCAAAUUCUGAGUCUUUUCUGUAUGUUAUGACAUACAUGGAAUCAUUUUGCACUGAGUCUAUUUUCUAAGGUCUAAAGCAGUGAUUCCCAAAGUGGGCGCUACUGCCCCCUGGUGGGCACUGCAGUGAUCCAGAGGCGCAGUGAUGGCCACAGGUGCAUUUGCCAUAUGGAUUAAUACAUAUAUUAAUGUAUUAACUGUCAUUAAUAUAUGUACAGUAGAGUCUCACUUAUCCAAGCUAAACGGGCCGACAGAAGCUUGGAUAAGCAAAUAUCUUGGAUAAUAAGGAAGGGUUAAGGAAAAGCCUAUUAAACAUCAAAUUAGGUAAUGAUUUUAGAAAUUAAGCACUAAAACUUCAUGUUAUACAACAAAUUUGACAGAAAAAGUAGUUCAAUACGCAGUAAUGUUAUGUUGUAAUUACUGUAUUUACAAAUUUACCACCAAAAUAUCACAAUAUAUUGAAAACAUUGACUACAAAAAUGGCUUGGAUUAUCCAGAGGCUUGGAUAAGUGAGACUCUACUGUAUUAAUUAACUGCCAUUCUGGAGCAGAAUGAAGAAGGCGGGGCCAGGAAGACAUCUUUCCACCAUGUCUCCUUUACCAUCAGAUGGGAGCACUCCCCCCCCCCCCCCCCCAGGUCUAACUGCCAUUCUGGACCACAGUGAAGAAGGCGGGGCCAGGAAGACAUCUUUCCACUGUCAGCGUUGUGACAAAGCUUUUGGAGCAUGGAAGCUCUGGAGCAUAGAAGAACUUAUACUGGGAGACGUCAGUAAAAGCAAGACACACAGCUUUACUGAGUAGUAAAUACAGCACAGACAGACUAGGCAGACGAUAAUAACACCACCACAAACCGAACUGAACUGAUCUGAUCCAAACAUGAUGCAAGAGAAAGGAACUCACUCCUAUAUCUGGACCCUCCCUCCUUUCCAGACACUCACAGGGUCACCACAGUUCAUCACUGAUUAACUCUUUCAACAUCCACACACUUCAGAUGAUGCAAUCAGGUUGCAAUCCCAGGCAUAACACAAAUUACAAAUAAAUAAUAAAUAUACACAGGGAAUAUCUCAUGACUUUACAAACUACUAUCCACAAACACAAAUCUCUUCUGCAGAUUCAUUUCUUCAAGAUCUUACUGCUACACUUUAUGAAUAACACAAUUACAUUUCACAAAUUACAUAUUCACCAUUAUCAGUGUAGUUAGCUCCAACAGGAGAUUUGUGAAACUUCCCUAGAUUGGACAAUAAGGCACAAGAGCAUAUCUCUUUACUUCCUUCUUUUCUGCACUUGCAUGUCCUAACUGUACAUCUUCUGUUACCUCCUGUUUUAUUUGCUUAGUUGUUACUUUACUUUUGGGCGUUUUAUUAUUUGCCUUCUUCUGUAUACUCAUUUCCUGUUUCUCAGGUGUACUUAAGUUCUCCUUUUCUGAUGCAACCUUCUUCGGUGUUACACUCUAUAAUUUGACUAAUUGCUGUUGCUCACUUACAUCACUAGAUGUCUCUUUACUCUCUUCAUUCAAAACAAUGUCUCCAGCCCUCUAGAAACCAUGCAACUGUUCUGUAUUAGAAUGAAUUUCUUUCCAGUCUUUAGGUCUCUCAAAAUAAGCGAUUCUAGACAGUUUCACUGUCUUGGGUGUAUCCAAAAAGACCUUUUGCUAUAUCCAAUGAAUGUCAUUUCUCUAUGUCUUUGACUCUUUUGAGUUCUCUCUUUUGCCGAAAUAAGUACAUUAGCUUUCUGACCAAAUAUCCUUAAGAACUUGAAAUUUGGAACAUAAUUAUACAUUUUCCGAAAUGGUAUAUCCUGUAUACAUUCAUUCCACAACCUAUUGGUUAGGUAAUUGCAGGUAUGUAGUACUUCAGACCAAUAAUUAUUGGAAAUCUUUUAACAUACAUGUUUCCAUUUCACUCAAAACUUGCAUUCUCUUCUCUGCAAUCCCUUCCUCAUUUUUAAAUUGUCCAAUUUCCAUACAUUCAAUGUUCUUAGAUCUCAAUAGUUGCUUAAUCUCAUUACUGUAAACUUCUGCACCUUUGUCAAUUAUGAGCGUACCCAAUUUCUUUCCAUAGACAUUUUCAAUCAAACUCAGCCACUUAGACAGUUUCCCAGUUGCCUCAGACACAUCCUUCAAGAAACACACAUAUCCAAACCUGCCUAAUUUUUCCACAAACAACACCAUGUACCUAGACCCACCAGCACUUUCCUCAUAAGGGCCUUCAAUAUGUACAUGUGCCUUUUCAAACAAAUUAGUUACCUUUAUCUUUGAUCUUUUGUAAAAUUUUAUAGGCCUCUUCUUCACUUCUUUACAAAUGGCACAAUCUAGGUCAUAAAAGCAUGACUCAGUUUUAUAGUCUGGAUACAGAUUGAGUGUGUUCUUCAAAAUCUCCAUGUUAGCAUGACCCAUGACACGGUGGAACAAGUGUAAACAGCUAUCAUGUUGUUUCUGACUACCUACACACGAUUUCAACAUUUUCCUCAUCAAUACUAUUCACUUCGUUAAACAUUUCAUACAUCGUAUUUCACUUCACUCCUUUACCUACUAAUUUUCCUUCCCUAUCAUGGACAUAACAGUAGAUCCCUUUGAAAGACACUCUAUACUGAUGGUCAGUCAAUGUAGCUACACUAAGCAGAUUAGAUUUAAUUUGUGGUACAUCUCUUCACAUAUUUAUAUAUGGCCAUCAUGUCUCCUCUCAGCCUUCGCUUCUGCAGGCUAAACAUGCCCAGCUCUUUCAGAAGUGAAAUGCAAAGAUACAGAAUGGGUGACACCUGGCACAACAACAGUACAUGUGAAAAAGAUUUUGGAGUUUUUGUAGACAACAAAUUAAACAUGAGCCAACAGUGUGAUGCAGCAUUUAAAAAGCCAAUGGGGUGUUGGGCUGCAUCAAAAGGAGUGCCUAGAUGAAAGGCUCUCAAACUUUUUCAGCCGCUGAGCCCUUUUUGAAGCAACAUUUUCUUAUGGAGUCCGAAGUGGGAAUGAUUGUAUAUAGAGUUGUUUAAAUGUAAUUGAGUUAUAGUGUUGCAAUGUGAGCUGGAGAUUGCAUCAUGCACUGUCUGCUGUCCACUAUGCAAGUGUGUAAAGAGUUAACUGUGUAUUGCAUCAGACAGCAGAGGUGGUUAUAAAUAGCUCCUUGUGUUAUCUGUUCUCUCUCUGCCCUCUGCUCUCUGUCUGUAUAUAUCGUCUUGAGAGUUUUCCGUUUGUUAGUAAACCUUUUGUAGAUAGCCAAAUAGGCUUCAGCCUCUUUAUUGGUGCCAGUGAUUCUUCGUUGAUCUUCCGCUGCAUGUGUGUUUAUCCAAACCGCGCGCUCUGACAGUGGUUAUGGGCCCAGAACUGCGCCAGUGUUCAGAAGAAUCCAGAAGGGGACCAGAGGGACCAGCUGGAUCAGCACCAGAGCCUACUCCAGAACCUGCAACUGUGCCAGAACCAGACUAGUUUCCAGUGUACCCAGUAUACUGACCAGUCUGUGUGGAGCCAGAGGCCCGGGAGCUGAGUGGUGAGCUGAGCUGUGAGCUGUGAGAAGGAAGUGGCUACACUUAACAAAUUGUUAAGUGUAGCCACAUUGACUGAUCAACAGUUUAAAGUGUUUUUUAAAGGAAUUUAUUGCUAUAUUCGUGAUAGGGAAGGAAAAUUGGUUGGCAAAGGAGUAAAAAGAAACAGAAUGUAUGAAAUGUUUGAAAAAGUGAACAGCAUUGAUGGAGAAAAUGUAGAAAUUAUGUGUGUAGGUGGUCAAAUUCAACAUGAUCGUUGUCUACAUUUAUUCCACCGAGUGAUGGGUCAUGCUAGCAUGGAAAUAUUAAGGAAGACUCUUAAUUUGUGCCCUAAUUACAAAAUGGAGUCAUGUAACUAUGAUUUAGAUUGUGCCAUAUAUAAUGAAGUGAAGAAAGAGCCUGUAAAGUUUUACAAGAGGUCUAAAAUAAGUGUGGAUGGCAUGUUUGAGAAGGCACAUGUACAUAUUGAGUGUCCUUUUGAGAAAAGUACUGGUGGAUCAAAAUAUAUGAUGCUUAUUGUAGAAAGAAUGAGCAGAUUCGGUUAUGCAUAUUUCUUUGCAGACUUAUCAGAAGCAACUAGAAAAUUGAGUCAUCCCAGCCAGUGAGAGCAAAUAAGAAAGAAAAAUACAAAGAAAUGACAUUCAUUGGGUACAGUAAAAAGUCUUACAAGUUCUUAGAGACACCUACCAAAGUGAAAUUGUCAAAGAUGGCUUAUUUUGAAAGACCCAGAGAUUGGAAUAACAUACAUUCCAAUGUAGAAAAGUUACAUGGUUUUCAGCGAGCUAAAGUCAAUGUAGAAAGUGAAGAAACAUCUAAGAAUGUAAUUGAGUCAGUGAAAUCAGAAUGCACAACACCAAAGAAAGUAAGUCAAGGUACACCUAAGAAACAAGGAACAAGAAGAAGAUCUAGUAAUAAAGGUGUAGACACACAGGUGAAACAAGAAGCUAAAGAAGAGGUAAAUUUGAGUCAUGUUAGUGUAGAGAAGAAGAGAUAUGCUUUAGUACAAUAUGCAUGUGAUCCAACGAAGUUUCAUAAAACACCUGUGGCAAAAGAUUUUGUUAGUAGAGGUAGAUUUGUAAUUGUUGAAGAAUGAGUCUAUAGUUGUGGGUGAUUGUGUGUAAUGAAUUGUAAACUUGUGAAAGUGUUCCCCAUACAUGUAAGAAGAAGUUUUGUAUAUGUUUGUUUAACCUCAGUUACAAAGUUAGACAUUCAGAGUGUAACAAUGUUAUGAAUGUAAAAGAAGAUGAUUGAAAUGUGUUUGAGCUGUGUAUAUAACUGUGAUGACUAAAUUACAUUUAAAGAGGGGGAAUUGUUGAAGUGGGAAUGAUUGUAUAUAGAGUUGUUUAAAUGUAAUUGAGUUAUAGUGUUGCAAUGUGAGCUGGAGAUUGCAUCAUGCACUGUCUGCUGUCCACUAUGCGAGUGUGUAAAGAGUUAACUGUGUAUUACAUCAGACAGCAGAGGUGGUUAUAAAUAGCUCCUUGUGUUAUCUGUUCUCUCUCUGCCCUCUGCUCUCUGUCUGUAUAUAUCAUCUUGAGAGUUUUCCGUUUGUUAGUAAACCUUUUGUAGAUAGCCA